GACCGGAAAUGGAACCGCCCCCAGCGGAAGCUGCGAUUCGGGGCUCGGCCGCCGCGAACAGGCCCUGAGCCGCCGCCAGGGUGCGGGGGGCCCGGAGCUGCGCGGGAGCCGGGCCGGCUGAGCAGCAGCGACUGGGAGCGGAGGCAGGCCGGAGACGUCGGCGCGGGCAGCCCCGGCCGCAGAUUGGCCGAGAGGCAUAAUGAGCGUCAAAGCCUUCAAGCUGGUCCCUGCUGUUGAACAGGAAAUGCUAAUGGGAGAUAAAGUUCGAAUCAACAUUGAGUGCAUUGAGUGUUGUGGGAAAAACCUCUACAUUGGAACUAAUGAUUGCUUUAUCUAUCACUUUCUACUGGAAGAAAAGAUAUCAUCAACUGGAAAGAUCACUUUUGCUGCCACCAAACAACUGUACAAACACCUGGGCUUCAAGAAAGCUGUGAAUGAGCUAAAGGCAGCAUCAGCACUCAACAGACUUUUGGUGCUGUGUGACAACACUAUGACACUAGUUCACAUGAUGAACUUGGAGCCUGUCCCCUCUGGAGCUAGAAUCAAGGGAGCUGUGACAUUCACAUUAAACGAGAACCCUGUGAGUGGGGACCCUUUUUGUGUAGAAGUUUGCAUUAUUUCAGUGAAACGGCGGACCAUCCAGAUAUUCAUGGUGUACGAGGAUAGAGUCCAGAUAGUGAAAGAAGUGCUUACACCAGAGCAACCCUGUGCUGUGGCUAUAGAUGGUCAUUACUUAUGCCUUGCUCUCACCACACAAUAUAUCAUACUGAAUUAUAAUACUGGCAACUUCCAGGACCUGUUCCCUUACUGCAGUGAUGAGAAACGGCCAAUUGUUAAAAGGAUAGGCAGACAGGAGUUUCUGCUGGCUGGACCUGGAGGGUUAGGUAUGUUUGCAACUGUAGAUGGCAUUUCCCAGCGUGCACCUGUGCACUGGUCAGAGAAUGUGAUUGGAGCAGCCCUGUGUUUUCCUUAUGUAGUUGCUUUAGAUGAUGAGUUUAUUACUGUGCAUAGUAUGCUGGACCAGCAGCAAAAACAAACUCUACCUUUCAAGGAAGGCCACAUUCUGCAAGACUUUGAAGGAAAGGUAAUUGUAGCUACUGAUAAAGGGGUAUACAUCUUGGUUCCAUUCCCUUUGGAGAGACAGAUUCAGGAUCUCCUAGCCAGCCACAGAGUAGAAGAAGCUCUUGUCUUAGCAAAGGGGGCCCGAAGGAACAUUCCAAAAGAGAAAUUUCAGGUAAUGUACAAAAGAAUCCUGCAGCAAGCAGGUUUUAUACAGUUUGCACAGCUUCAGUUCCUUGAAGCAAAAGAACUCUUCAGAAGCGGCCAGCUUGAUGUCCGGGAGCUGAUCUCUCUCUACCCCUUCCUGUUGCCUACUUCCUCUUCAUUCAUACGGUCUCAUCCCCCUCUUCAUGAGUAUGCUGAUCUAAACCAGCUCACUCAAGGGGACCAAGAGAAGACGACCAAGUGCAAACAGUUCCUUAUGAGUUACUUGAACGAAGUCCGGAGUACUGAAGUUGCAAAUGGCUACAAGGAGGACAUUGACACCGCUUUACUCAAACUAUAUGCAGAGGCUAACCAUGAAAGCCUUCUGGACUUGUUGGUUUCAGAGAACUUUUGUCUCCUAACAGACAGUGCAGCCUGGCUGGAGAAACACAAAAAGUAUUUUGCCUUAGGACUCCUAUAUCACUACAAUAGUCAAGAUGCUGCAGCACUUCAGUUAUGGGUGAAAAUAGUGAAUGGAGACGUUCAAGACCCUACGCGUUCAGACCUCUACGAGUAUAUAGUCGACUUCCUUACUUUCUGCUCAGACCAAGAACUAGUGUGGAAGUAUGCUGAAUGGGUGCUACUGAAAAAUGAGGAGGUUGGAGUUCAGAUUUUUACCAAAAGGCCUUUGGAAGAACAGCAGAAGAACACCUUUAAUCCAGAUGAUGUCAUCAGAUGCCUUAACAAAUACCCUAAGUCACUUGUUAAAUAUCUAGAGCAUCUAGUGUUUGACAGGAAAAUAGAGAAGGAGAACUACCAUACUCAUUUAGCUGUGUUGUAUUUGGAUGAAACACUUCAACUAAAAUCUGUGACUACAGACAAUUGUGCAGAACUGAAUGGAGUGCAGACUAAACUACGCAGUCUCCUUCAGAAAUCUGACCUCUACCGGGUUCAUUUUAUUUUGGAAAAAAUCAAGGGCACAGAUCUUCAUAUGGAAAACGCAAUUUUAUAUGGAAAACUGGAGGAACAUGACAAAGCUUUGCAUAUCCUGGUCCAUGAAUUAAAGGACUUUCCUGCUGCUGAAGACUACUGCGUGUGGAGCUCUGAGAGUAAAGAUCUAGCGUACAGGCAGAGGCUUUUCCAUAUGCUGCUCUCAGUGUAUCUGAAUCCAGGCCCUUCGGACUGUGAGUUAGUUGUGGCUGCAGUAGAUCUCUUGAAUAAUCAUGCAGCUGAAUUUGAUGCAGCCCGAGUCUUGCAGCUUGUGCCUGACAGUUGGUCGCUGCAGCUCCUCUCUCCAUUCCUGACUGGAGCAAUGAGGCAAAGCAUCCACACAAAAAGAAUGACCCAGAUUGCACUUGGCUUGGCAGAGGCUGAAAACUUAAUCUAUAAACACGACAAGGCUAAACUAAAAGGAAGGUCCAUUAUUCUCUCUGACAAGAAGCUCUGCCAGGUGUGCCAAAGUCCUUUCUGUGAGCCUGCCUUUGUGAGAUACCCAAACGGUGGUAUGGUUCACACCCACUGUGCUGCAAACAGACUUGUAAACCCUAACAUGACCCAUCGUUUUUCCAGCCCCAGCAGUCAGACUUGAAAAAUGUUUCAGGUUUCAUUAGUUUCCAUUACUUACUCUGUGGAAAACCUGCUGAAUAAAGAACAAAGUGCAGCUACUUUAGGUAUAAGUCAAAUGAACAGAUUGCUGUAGGGCUAAUAGGAAGACUUCGAUAAAUGUGAAAUAUGGCCACCGAACUGCUGAUCCUAUGAAUGUAGACAGCAAAGAAAAUUAGCUAGCCGAAAUGGAGAUGUGCAAGAAGGGUUCCCCUCUGUAUAGUAAUAAACACACUUAAAUGAGCCUUUUCUUCAUAAUAAGGAUGAAUAUGGGAGGGGGGGAGGGGGCAGAUCUUUCAUUCUUACAGAGACUUAAAUUUGCACUGAAUGUAAUGUUCAUAAAUCUGAUGUGAAGGGGGAACUGCUCUUUGACCCAGGAGUUGGAACAUCUGUCUCUGAAAUGCUACCUGAAGAGACUGACAUGACACAGAUUAACCCCAAGAAAAUGCAUAUCUGUUUUGCGAGCUGCAUUAUGUCCUCAUCAGAGCUGAACUUCUGUUCCACGACACUGGAUUAUGAACUUGUUCUAUGAUCUACAAAUUUGUUGGCUUUUGAUGCACUUUUGUCUAGCCCCCUUCUCUGUUGUACAGCUCUCAUCAAACAGAUUUUAAGCACCGUCCUGUUAGUUUCUACAUUUGUUGCAUUUAAUGUAAUAAACUCAGUGGAAACUGAUAGCUUCUGUCGUAUAUAACUGUGUUUGAAAAGAAUAGAAAUGAAAUGGAUAUAGUUUGGUCAGACUAUAGUCACUUUGUGGGGGAAGAGGUUUUAAUAACUUGAAUACUAGAAUUAUUUAUUAAUAUACAACAAUACUGUACAUACAGUCUAAUAAAUCAAUGAAUUUUAUUUGGAGGAUAAACAUGUAACAAAUAAUUCAAUAAUAGGAGGUUACAUUAUGUCAGCUACAACAUAACCUUAGAUUGCAGAGACUUCAUUGGCACACUGAGUAAGAUUCAGUGUGUGUGAAUGUAUUUAUGUGAACAAGAUUAUAGAUCAUGGAAAAAGGUGGAGAGAUUGUGAAGAAGUCAAUAAUAGUACAUUAAGGUGCUAAUGGAUUUGGUGUCACUGAGUGAAUGGGCUUAUAAAUACGUGUUCUCUGACACCUUACAAAAUAACUAAUUUACUGACCCCAUAAAUACUAGUCAAAACUUAAUGACUUUAUAAGCAGCUUGAGAGUUUGGAAGAGGCAACUUUUACACAAGAGGAUUAGAUAUAAAUAUAUUUCUAAAACUUUAAGCCAAAGAAACCAAAAGUAUUGCCCUUAAUUACACAAAACUGUAAUAAAUGGCAGAAACUUGAACGAUACAGGCUGAAAGUGUUGGUAUGAUUAGGUUGAUUCAGAAUCAGAGUUGAGCUUUUUCAGCACAAAUACUACUUCUGCACAACAUUUUGUAUAUACACAAAUCUCAAACUGUAUAGACUUUUAUAAUGUCUGAAAUUUGAUCAUAGACUGGGUGCAGAAGGAUAAAUUCUCAACCUUCCUGUCUUUUUAAAAAAAUAUAUUCUUCGGUUGUUGGGCUCCACUGGGGGAUGAUACAACUUCUUUUUAUCUUCAAGCAAAAGUUCUUUGGGUCUGUCUUAAGCUUCUUCCUGAUCAAGAUCAGAAAAUGUAGCAGUUAGUUUUCUGGCUUGGAUUCUUAGCCUGCAUACUUCUGUAAGGGUUUUCUGUAGUGCUUCUGCUGGAUUGGAUUGUUCCUGAAGCACGUAGGCUAAACUAAUUCAGUCUGUGAUAUCUUCACAAAAAUAAAAGGAUUUAAGCAUUUCUUCUUUUUUGUGUCAAUUUCAAGAAUUCUUACAUUAAGUCUUCAGAUAUUACUUCCCAGCAGGUCCAUUUUUUUAAUCAUUUUUUAUUUUUUGCCUGAUCCUGUAUUGGCUCUACUUUACAUCUGGUUAAUGUUGGUCCCUUAAUUUUUUUGUACGCAUUCUGUAACUACAAUUCAAGAAGUGUAUCAAAUCCAUCAUGCUUGAUAUACAGAAUAAUUGAGGUUGAAAUGGAGAAUGUUUAAAACAAAUCCUAUGGUACUGACAUGUCAAAGUGGCAAUAUUAUCUUUUACAAUGAUUUGACUGGGUGUUCGUUGAUGUGGAUGGUAGCAUGCGAUUUGUAUGAAACACUCUAUGUAUGGCUGUUUCCCAGCAAUGUAAACAAAUACAAAGUUCAUACACUA